AUGGGUCUGUGGCGUUCAAGUGUCCCAGCUCUCUCGACCCUUUGCGGAUCGAGCCGAGCCCCCUCCUGUUUCCACCCAGAGCCCCCACCCAUUUGGCCUCCCGCUUUGGAUGGGGGAAAGCAGAGCACGGCGGGGCGGCCCCGGGGUGCUUUUCCCGGCGUCUCUACGGACGACAGCGCGGUGCCACCCUCGGCCCACUUCGGUCACUACCGGCCGAGCGGUACCAUGGGCCUGCGGAGCCGCUCGGUGAGCUCCGUGGCCGGGAUGGGCAUCGAGCACAGCCCCGCCGUGCCCUUCGGCUUCUACACCCCGAGAGGGACGGACUCGGAUCGAGCUGGAGGGGGGUCAGGAGGCACUACCGCCGCCCCGCACGGUACCGGCUACCAGGACACUGGGGACGGGGUGCUCUACCUGGGGUCCCGGGGGUCGCUGGCUGACACCUUGCCCCUGCACAUCGCGCCCCGCUGGUUCAGCGCGCACAGCGGAUUCAAGUGUCCUGUCUGCUCCAAGUCUGUGGCGUCCAAUGAAAUGGAAGUUCACUUCAUCAUGUGUCUCAGCAAGCCCCGCCUCUCCUACAAUGAUGAUGUGCUGGCGAGGGAUGCCGGCGAGUGUGUGAUCUGUCUAGAGGAACUGCAGCAAGGGGACACCAUAGCCAGACUGCCGUGCCUGUGCAUCUACCAUAAAAGCUGUAUAGACUCAUGGUUUGAGAUCAAUCGGUCCUGCCCAGAACACCCCUCUGACUGACUGACCACCAGGCCCACUCUGAAUCUGUUCAAGGACAUCUCGUGGUCCUGCCAUGGAUAUCUGGACGCAGACGCAACCAAAUCUGAUGAAAACAAUCAAAGCGAUCAACACAUACUUAUCCCGUCCUCCUAACCAAGAUAAUAAAUCCCUUGUGAACUGAACCCAGAAAACGUGACUGUCCAUCCAUCGUACAUUAAAGGGCCCCUCCCGAACACUCGGUUUUACCUCCGCUGAAGAGACUGCUCACCCCUCCCCACCCGCCGCUCCUCCUCCCCUCCCCUCCCACUCCUCCAGGCCAACAGUCCCUCAAAGGGCUUCAUCCGCCUCGACUCCCCCCUCCAAUUGAAGAGGCCAGUCUCCUCUCUGACAUGCUCGGGUCCUCCAGCAGCUAGCCUCCCAUCUUGCGUCCGGAACCCGGGCCCCGUCAGUCAUCCGUGUCCAGCCCUCCCACAGCCUUAACUGGGGGGGAGGAGAGGGAAGCGGAGUAGGGAGGGGAAAGAGGGGAGAUGAAGGAAACCACACAAGAAAGGGAGGAGGGGAGGAUGAGGAGGAACCGACGACGUGAGGAUUGUUGGGGCUUCAGAAGACUGCUUUGAGAUCAGACUUCGGAGGGCCUCUCAUGUCACAGCAGGACUCUGACUCGGUGACGUCCUCUCAUCACAGAGUGUGCUUCUUUCUCACAGAUCCAGCCUCGGUUCUGCGCCCUCCCUCGCCAAUAUGACUCAUAGUGAUCAAAUCAAAAAGUCACCAAAUAAUGCUUCUUAGAUCGGGUUUGUGCACACCUGAGCAGGCAGAGGGAGAGAUGGAGGGGUGAGAGACAAACUGGGAUCUCAGCUUGUCUUGUAUGUACAGGUUGUAUGGAGGGGGGGUCUAAAGAUGGACUGGUGAAGGAGGAGCGGUCUGAGCAUGCUCAGUUCUGGUUGAAAGGGUCCAGCAGUGUAGUUUUAUGCUCCUACUGUGUAACAUGUGUGUUGGGGAUGCUCCAGUGUCAGGCUUCACCUGGUAUGUGUGUGUACUCUGUGUGUGUGUG